AGGCGGGCGAUGCAGGGGCAGCAGGCUAGGUUCUGGUGUCGGCUCAGCUUUGGUCACAAAUGGCAGCAGGAUCCUUGGAGAGAUGAACGUCCUGUUGAGAACAUUUCCCCAAAGCCUACAAUUUUUCUUCCUUCAAUUGCUGAAAGAAAACUCCAUAAGACUGGAACAUAUCUUUGUCUUCUUGAGGAUUUUUUCCCUGGUGUUAUCGAGAUAUAUUGGAAAGAAAAGAAUGGCAAAACAAUUCUGGAAUCCCAGCAGGGAAACACCAUGAAAACUAAGGACACAUAUAUGAAAUACACCUGGCUGACCGUGAGUGAAGAGUCAAUGGGUAAAGAACACAAAUGUGUUGUCAAACAUGAUAGUAAUAAAGGAGGGGUCGAUCAAGAGAUUCUUUUUCCUUCAAUAGACAAAGAUUUGGUGUCGGUGAUGGGAUCUGAAAUGGACUUCCAGGGGCAAUCAGAGACAAGGAGACAGCCAGGGGAGGUAACUGUGAGCCCCUUGAGUUCACUGUCCUCCUCACCAUUUUCAAGGGCUGUAGAUCUCACUGCUAUUCACUCUACAGAAGCUUCUCUGAAGGAUGAAAAUGACGCCCUGCAUCUGCAUCUCGUGAACAACUCUGCCUACUAUACCUACCUCCUGCUCCUCCUCAAGAGCAUGGUCUAUUCUGCCAUUAUCACUGUCAAUCUGCUUGGGAAACCCACACUCUUUGGUAAUGGGAAGAGUUCCUAACACAUGGUGGCACAAAAGGUCCACCUUUUUCCAUUGGCUGUUAUCCCUAAAACAGCCUAAAA